AUGGGCGUGGUACCCUCUUCCGCGUUGGGCAUCGUUAUUAACAACCCUGGUAAGGUGGCCGACUUCUACAAGAUGGAGUCGAAGCCUUUGGGUGAAGGAAGCUUCGGGGCAGUCUUCUACGGGACGCUGCGUGUCACAAAGGCAUCCAGAGCGAUCAAGAGGAUUGCGAAGGAGAAGAUGAGGGAGAAGCUGGUCACGUUGAAGACGGAGGUGCAGCUGCUCAAACUCGUGGACCAUCCGCACAUUGUGAUGCUGCAUGAGAUUUUCGAAGACAAUGAGGAUGUUCAUCUCGUCAUGUCGCUAUGCCGUGGGGGACACCUGCAGGCUUAUGUCAUGCGCUAUGGGCGGUUGAAGGAGCAGCCGGCGGUUGCAGCCAUGAGGCAACUCUUCCGCGCGGUAGCCUACCUGCACCGGCAUUUCAUCUGCCAUCGGGACCUCAAAAGCGAGAACCUCAUGCUCUUGCACGAUGAGCCCUUCACAGGCAGCAGCCGAAACACCCUGAAAGUCACCGACUUCGGCUUGGCCGCGCUCUUUCAGCCGGGAGUUCCAUUGACCUCAACUGCGGGCACACCCAGCCACAUGGCACCAGAGGUUUAUGCCAAAAGGUACAACUUGGCUUGUGACCUCUGGAGCUGCGGCGUCAUCCUGUUCUUCGUGGUCUCACGGCUGAUGCCAUUCGAUGUGAACGACAAAGGUUCGAAGCGUUUCAAGUUCAACUUGAACGUCCACCCGUGGGACCUCAUCCACCAGGAUUGCAUCAACUUGGUCACACUCCUCUUGGAGAGAUCCGUUCACAAGCGUGCCACAGCUGCGGCCGCCCUGCAUCAUCAGUGGAUUGUCAACAACAGUCCGAGGGUGGAGGAGGUGGCGAUGCCGUCCAACGUGCUCGCACGGCUGAAGCGCUAUCGCAAGCACAAUCGUUUCAAGCAAGCAUGUUUCAGCGUGGCGGCCUCUUUCUUGAAAGAAUGCGAGCGGUCAACGUCGGACUCGCUUUUUCAUUUUCUGGACACCACUGGUGCGGGCCGUAUCACAAUCGAGGAAAUGGCCCGGCUGGUGGGUGACGAUGAUGCCCGUGACAUUUUUGGCCCGCCCGAUCCUGUAGAUAAUACCUACAAACCCUUUGCGUACACAGAAUUUCUGGCGGCGACCUUCGACCGAAAGCAAGCCCUGACAACGGCGGUAUGCAAAACUGCAUUUGCAGCCUUUGACAGGAAUGGUGAUGGCUCAAUCAGCAUGGCUGAACUCACUUCCGGACAUUUGCUGGGUCAACUUAGCGUGGAGGAGCUGAGCCUCACCCUCAAGCAGCUGGACAAGAACGGUGACCAAGCCAUUGACUUUCAAGAGUUCAUGGCCAUCGUGAAAGAUGAAGGGGACUAG